AAAUUCAUAAAUACUAUUAUAGCAGCAGUUCUGGCUAAUCCUUGGUGGACAAUUCAAGGAGGGUUAUCUGGGGUUGACCCAGGAGCCCAUUCACCAACUGGUCUAAACAAACACCACAACACAAACCUAACCAUCAACGAAAAUCGCGCUGAAGAUGAAGAAGAAGAAGAAGAUGAUGACAACAGAGACGAACCAAGAGAAGGUGCCGUCGAAGUUGGAAACCGAAGACCUAGAGGAAGACCACCUGGAUCCAAAAACAGACCAAAACCACCUAUCUUUGUAACAAGAGAUAGCCCAAAUGCUUUAAAGAGCCAUGUCAUGGAGGUAGCUGGUGGAGCCGAUAUAGCAGAAAGCGUAGCACAGUUUGCAAGGCGGCGUCAACGAGGCGUUUGUGUUUUAAGUGGAAGUGGAACUGUAGCUAAUGUUACUCUUAGACAACCUUCAGCUCCUGGUGCUGUUGUAGCACUUCAUGGUAGGUUUGAGAUUUUGUCUUUAACUGGGACUUUUCUACCUGGUCCUGCUCCACCAGGUUCAACUGGUCUUACAGUGUACCUGGCUGGAGGACAGGGUCAGGUAGUUGGAGGUUGUGUUGUUGGAACACUUGUUGCUGUUGGACCAGUUAUGCUUAUUUCUGCUACUUUUACUAAUGCAACUUAUGAGAGACUUCCACUUGAAGACGAUGAUAACGAUAAUGAUAAUAAUAACAACGAAGGGCCUAGUUCUAUGGCCGGUGUACAAGGUGGAGGAGCAUCUGGUGGAUCACCUCCGCCGGGAAUUAGUCAUCAUCAAUUGCAGCAAGGUGGAAUUCCAGAUCCAUCUUCUAUACCUCCUUUGUAUAAUUUGCCACCAAAUUUGUUGCCUAAUAAUGGAGGGCAGAUGGGACAUGAGGCUCUUGCUUGGGCUGCUGCUGCUGCUGCUCAUGGAAGGGCACCUUAUUGAGUUAACUUGUGUGUGGAUUUGCCAAUAAUUGAGAUAGUUAGAUAUCAUAUAUCUAAAUUAAUCAAAUUUAGAUCUGUGAAUUUGUGUUGUAUGUUGAAGAAUGAAUAGGUAUUAGAAAAAAGUUACAGGCUGGUUCUGGUUUUAUGUAAUUGUGAAGAACAACUGUGAGGAAGCAUGCUUCUUAGUUCUUAGUAUUAUUAGUACUAUUGAUGUAUAUGAAUUAUGAACUUUCUUUUU